AAAAAGAGCAGAUGGUUCCAUUUCCAUCUGCCUACCCGGAACAUUUUUUAUCAAUUUGAUUUGAUUUUGAAGUGAAUCACUCUAUGUAUAUUUGUUCCAGAUAUUGUCCAUUUGAAGUGGAAAUGGAAAUGGAAAUCUAUGUACAUGAUUGUUCGAAAACCACUUCAUGGAAAUUUAUGAAAAUUCUUUUCUCUAAGAAUCAUGUGCAUAGAUUUCCAUUUCAGGUGAUUUUGGAUUUUCCACAGCUGCCAUGCCGUGAAGCUGUCUGUGUGCAGACCAGGGAAACCCAAUCUGCCCAUUCACCACCGGUCCGCCGUCACACCCCACAUUCAGUUCGCUAUUACUACAACUGGUGAAACAAAGCAGCAGACAUGUGGAUGCCGAAGGAAAUGACUCGAUUCAGGUGUUUGUUUGUUGAAUGCUUUCAUUCUUCUGUCGUAGUCGUUGUUUGUUUUGCUUGCCCACAACUUGUUUGAAUAAUUGACUGACCCAAAAUGAAGAAGCAAAUUUGAUUUUUAAGGAUAUAGGAGAAAAGAUAGAUAGCCGCCAUGGUCUCUGUAUGUUGUUGUUCAUCACCUCUACUUAUAGACCUGCCUCUGUUCUUACCAUCUCACAAACCUUUCAACUCUGUCUAGGCUAUUCCUUUCUACUGUUUUUCUCUUCACUUGCAACACAAAUAUUUCUGAAGCAUUAGCUCGUUCUCAUACCAUGAGGGCCAACAAAUCAGCUUCUUUUCACCUUCCUGCAGGAAUAGUUAAAACAACAUUGGCAAUGUUGUAUAUUGGAUUUCUAGCAUGGGCUUAUCAAGUUGUUCAACCUCCUCCUCCUCCCAAUAUAGGUGGCUCUCCUGAUGGACCACUUAUAAUGGCACCAUGUUACAAAUUCUCAGGAAUACUUAGAACAACACUGGCAGUGUUGGUUGUUGGAUUUCUAGCAUGGGCUUAUCAAGUUUCUCAACCUCCUCCUCCCAAGAUAUGUGGCUCUCCUAAUGGACCACCUAUAACGGCGCCAAGAAUCAAACUAAGAGAUGGAAGACAUUUGGCAUACAAAGAGCACGGUGUUCCAAAAGACGACUCAAAGUAUAAAAUCAUCUUUGUCCACGGUUUCACCAGUUGUAGACAUGACGCUGUGGUUGCCGACACCCUAUCACCUGAUAUUGUGAAGGAAUUGGGGAUCUACAUUGUAUCUUUCGACAGACCUGGUUAUGGAGAAAGUGAUCCUGAUCCAAAUCGUACUUUAAAGAGCAUUGCUUUGGAUAUCGAGGAGCUUGCUGAUCAGUUGGGAUUGGGAUCCAAAUUCUACGUGGUUGGUUAUUCCAUGGGUGGGCAAAUUACUUGGAACUGCCUUAAGUAUAUACCUCACAGGCUGGCAGGUAUAGCGCUCUUAGCCCCAGUCGUCAACUACUGGUGGCCUGGUUUUCCUGCAAACAUAACUGCAGAAGCCUAUUCCCAAAUGAAAUUAGAAGACCAAUGGGCACUUCGUGUUGCUCACUACACGCCAUGGCUAACGUACUGGUGGAACACUCAAAGAUGGUUCCCGAUUUGUAGCGCAAUUUCUCGUAGUCUACAUAACUUUUUGAAACAAGACAAAGAGCUUUUAACUAAGUUGUUGGAUAAUAAAGAUAAUUAUGUGGCGCAGGUAAGACAGCAAGGGGAAUAUGAAUCUGUCCACCGUGACGCAAAUAUUGCAUAUGGAAGCUGGGAAUAUACUCCAUUGGAUCUUCAAAAUCCAUUUCCAAACAAUGAAGGUUCUGUUCAUCUUUGGCAAGGAGUUGAUGAUUUAUUUGUUAAUGUUACACAACAACGAUUCAUUGCACAAAACCUUCCAUGGAUUCACUAUCACGAACUUCCAGGUUCAGGUCACCUCUUUCCUCACGCCGAUGGCAUGAGUGAGACUAUCAUUAAGUCGCUUUUAGGUGUGAAGUAGGCUUCUGUAUCGGUCAUGGGCUAUCUCGGGUCAGCUUCAGCAUUUAUUAUCUACGUUUCGGAAAAUUCAAACUGAAGAUCAUGCACAAUACAUAUGAUAUACUUUGAGCAACUUUGUCUGUAGGAUGAAUCUAGUUACUUCUUGAUAAUUAAAUAAGUUCUUGUCUUUUAAAAUUUAACAUAAGCUGGCAUGUUUUGUUAUAAAUAAGAUGUAUUUGCAGAUAGCGACUACAUGAAUGCAUUUGGAGGAUAAUUUGUCUAAGUAGGGUAUGAUUUCAGUCUUUUAUGCGUUUUUUCUUCUAGGUUGAGGGUACUUUGAACUUUCUGAUAUCUAAAGUGGCGAGGGGUUUAAUCCUUCAUUCACGCGUAUGCAAAAAACUCAAUUGGGAGGGGGAAAUUUAUCUUAUAUGUCCAACAAGUUCCGUGACAAAUAUAAAAUAAAAUCAUGUACUUGGUUGGUUGGAUA